GGCAGUAGGGGGAGGACCCUGAGCAGCCCAUGGUCCUGAGGCCUUACUUCAAAGGAGAGGAGGGCCCUAUGCCAUCAUGGGGACUGCUGAGGAAUGCCUCCCUGCUACCUCUGGUUGCCUUGGCCAUAGGGUCCCGGGAUCUUAGAGCCCAGAAGAGCCUUGGAGACGACCUGUUGUAACUUUUUUUUUUUUGCAGAUGGGGUCGCUGAGACCUGCUGUGAAGCAAUGCCUUUUACCUGAGACGCUCUGGACAGGGCAGAAGUAAAGCACCUGGAACCUUCAUUUUUGGACCUGCCUCCAGAACCCUGAGAAUUCCCACCAGGGUGGUGAGCACCCCCACUGAGAAUUCCAGGCUGCUCGGAGGUCCCUGAACACAGAUAGGCUGACAGCUGUGGCUCUCUGGUGACGUCCUCCGGGGGAGGAGGUGGAGGAAGCCAGUGGCAGCCCGAGGAUCUCCAACAGGGGAACUCUAACUGUGUUUCCUGAAAGUUUGUGUCACAGGUCUUUUUUUCUCUCUGACUUGCUGUCUUGCUCUGUCUCACUCUGAAGAAUGAUUGGAUACUCUGAGAGCCUUCAGUCAGCAUCCAGGGGAUUUUUUGCACCACAAAGGGUAAUUCCUGCCCCAUCCCUGCUGUGACUCAGCUGUGACGUUGAACCACACAAACCAGCAAGAAGAUAAAGUCAUCAUAUUCCUGCUCACCAGAGAGGGUGGCCCAGGCCAGAACUUACCUCUUCUCCCAGCACAGACCCACGGGGCUGGUCCCCUCUUCAGAGAAGCUAAAACAGACCCCCUGGCCAGCCUGGGACCCCGGGAUGGCCUCUGGUUCAGCCAGCAGCCCUCACCCGGCCCCUGAUGAGAAUGAGUUUCCCUUUGGGUGCCCCCCGACCGUCUGCCAGGACCCAUCAGAGCCCAGGGCCCUCUGCUGCACCACCUGUCGCUUUGAGAACGUGAGGAAUGGUGAGGAUUGGAUCUGUCCCAGAUGCAGAGGGGAUGACCCCCAGUCUGUAAGCCCAGGAAGCCCUCUGUCUCAGGAGAAGGACCACCCGGAGGUGACUGAGGCUGAAGCUGUUUGCCCCUUUGCAGGUGUUGGCUGUUCCUUCAAGGGGAACCCAAAAUUCAUGCAGGAGCAUGAGGUAACCUCCCAGGCUGCCCACUUAAACCUGCUGCUGGGGUUCCUGAAAGAGUGGAAGGCCCAGCUGGGCUCUGGCCUAAGAUCUGGGUCCAUGGCCCUGGAGCAGAAUCUGUCAGACCUGCAGCUGCAGGCAGCCGUGGAGGUGGCUGGGGACCUGGAGGUGGAUUGCUACAGGGCACCCUGCUCUGAGAACCAGGAGGAGCUGGCCCUCCAACACUUCAUGAAGGAGAAACUCUUGGCUGACCUGCAGGGGAAACUACGUGUGUUUGAGAACAUUGUUGCCGUCCUCAACAAGGAGGUGGAGGCCUCCCACCUGGCCCUGGCUGCCUCCAUCCACCAAAGCCAGCUGGACCGUGAGCACAUCCUGAGCCUGGAACAGAGGGUGGUAGAGUUGCAGCAGACCUUGACCCAGAAAGACCAGGCCCUGGGUAAGCUGGAGCAGAGCCUGCGCCUCAUGGAGGAGGCCUCCUUCGAUGGCACCUUCCUGUGGAAGAUCACCAAUGUCACCAGGCGGUGCCAUGAGUCAGCCUGUGGCAGGACUGUCAGUCUCUUCUCCCCAGCUUUCUACACUGCCAAGUACGGCUACAAGCUGUGCCUGCGGCUCUACCUGAAUGGCGAUGGGACGGGAAAGAGGACCCACCUGUCACUCUUCAUUGUGAUAAUGAGAGGGGAGUAUGAUGCUCUGCUGUCGUGGCCUUUCCGGAACAAGGUCACCUUCAUGCUGCUCGACCAGAACAACCGUGAGCAUGCCAUUGAUGCCUUUCGGCCCGACUUGACCUCAGCAUCCUUCCAGCGGCCCCAGAGUGAAACCAACGUGGCCAGUGGCUGCCCUCUCUUCUUCCCCCUCAGCAGGCUGCAGUCACCCAAGCAUGCCUACGUGAAGGACGACACCAUGUUCCUUAAGUGCAUUGUGGAGACAACUGCAUAGGGUGGGCAGGGCCCUGCAAGCUACACCCAGUUCCUGAGGGAGCACAGUUCAGAAUGGGGGGUUUAGCGAGAUGAUUGAGUCCCUGCCUGUAGCGCCCAAGAUCCCAGCACAAUGAUGGGCUGCAGCUGAUGUGACCUGAGUAGGACUGACAGAUUGACUGUGGCUGGCUGUCAGCUUAGGGUGGUAGGACCUUGGGCUGGGCCCGCAAAGGCAAAGGGUCCAGAAGGAGUUGGUAGCAGGAUUGUUCCUCUCUCCACUGACCACACAACACUGGAGGCCCAGGAGCCACUCUAGCCCUGAAGGUGGAGGUGGACUCUGACCAAGACGGGGAGGGAAUGGGGACCAGGCCUGGAGCAUGAAUGGUGAACGGGAGGUGUGGGACCUAGCAGAGAAGCCCUUGGGAUGGGAAGCUCUCUGCACUGGGGGAGGGCAUCAUACCUGGGGGUUGGAUUGGAGACCUACAAGGUUCCUUUCAGUCCAGAAAGUCUCCAGUUCUAGGCCUCCUGGUGCAGGUGAGCCCCAGGACUCCAGGGGUUCUGAAAAAGUUCAAAAGCCUCAUGCCCACUGGGUUCCUCACUACCUUCAGUAGCACCAGGUGGGCUGAGCUGGCCUCCCUGGCACCUGCCACCUGGGCCAGGCCGCUCUACUCCCCAGCAUGCAGACCAUACAGGCCCUGCAUCUGUGCCUCCACCAGCCCAACUCCCCUUCCUUCGGAUGAAACCAAGUCACAGAGCUCCCAGGAGCAGCCCAAAGGAAUGUGGAGGAGAGGGCAUAAACUCUCCACUCUCCCCCUUUGGGGCAUUCCAGAAUCCCAUGUCACCUGAUUCACCAAGGUAUUCACUUCUCUCAGUUGACUGACCAGGGCCUCUGAGCUACUGAGCAGAGGUUGUUCUUUUAAAUAUGUACAAAACCAAAGAACAUUUGUUUUAGUCUCUUUUGAAGUUUCCCUGAAGGAUAUGGCCAUGGGAGCUGGCCAUAACCGAGCCGCCCUGGGAAAGAACUGCAGAGUUGCAGGUGGUGAUGCAGGUAGCGCCCCAGGCCAGUGUGCCCGCAGGAGCAUCCCCUCUUGGCCUCUACCUCCUCCUUCCGGUAAUGGGGAGGACCGCCCCAGACCUGCGUUCUGGGGAGGAGGUGCCACACAGUGGAGGCUCGAGAAAGAGCCUGGUGCCUACCUGUCACUGCCUGGACGUGGCCCAUCCUUGGUUUCCCACCAGGAGGCCUCACACAACCAGUUCCUUUAGGGACCCUUACCUAACUCUCCAGAGACCCUGAGACUUCAUGUUGCUAGCCAGGGCUUCUGGUCAAGACCCCGCUUUCCCACCAGCCUUCCUGCAGCUUCCUCCUCUGCCUGCUGACCUGCAGUCACCUUCACUCCACACCUUCAGAGUUUUCAUCUGUGAAAAGGGUCCACGGCCCUGCCUGGUCUCCCUACCCAGCAUUGGUGACAAUGGUCCUCACAAAGAAGGUGAGGGAGCAGCACCACUCAGUGGGCUCAAUGCAUCAGAAAACCCAGACCCAACCUGGGCCAUGCCUAGUAUCCCAUUGUGCCUGAGCACCUGAAAACAGGGCAGCAUCCUCCCUGGCUCUGCCCAGCUCACAGGGUUUUCACAAGGCCCAGCUGGAGCUUACUGCUUUCUGUGUACAGCGGUGCUUUGCCAUGCAUGACAGGCAACAAACAUGUCAGGACACCUUUUCUUGUCCCCAGUGCUGACAGCCUGUCAGUAAUGAAGACUGACUUGCCUCCCCUUGACAAGGGUAAAUAAGUCCAGAUCUGGCCUAGCAAGUUAUGGGGACUUCUGCCUCAGAGCUGGUGUCCUGGCAAAUCGCACCAUCGAGCUAACAGGAUUUGUAGGGCAGGUUACUCUGAGGGGCAACGGUUGCCCUAUACCUUUACUUAUCUCUUAUGGGAAGAGACAUACUUUCUUUAAACAGUGGGAGUCACAGCUGUUCUUUGAGCAAAGCUUUGCUGAGACCUGGAGUAUCAUCCACUGCACUAGACUCUAGGGAGGGAAAGGUAAGAUGUGCACCCUACCCUCAAAUACUCAGCUUAGUGGGAAACAGGCACAUAAGCAUAUCAUUGAAACUGAUAUGUAAGAGUAGCUCAGAGAAAGCACAGGAUCCAAAUCCUGUGGGUGAAGCAGGAGGGCUUCGUGGAAGAGGUGACAUUUAAACACAGCCUUAAAAUAUUUUGAGAUGCAGAAGAUAGGGGUGUGGAGAGGAGUAAAGAUGAUGUGAUGGGAAGCAGUCUUGGCUACAGGUAGGGUCUGUGAGGCGGAACCGUAGCGGGGAAGGCAGAAAGGUGGCAUAGGCUGGAGCAUAGACGGCAUCGAAGGCAGUCGCAGCUGCCCGAGAGGAGCGGCACAGGCUUUGGGCAGGGGGCCCCAAAUCACCCGUGUGUGAGACCCUUUGGGCUCUGAGCAUGACCAGGAUUAAUUUAAAACAUUUACCAAUUUGUCUUCCAGUGAAGCUCUGCAUUAAGUACACUGAAUGUUUGGCAUCUCACCUCUUAGGGGUGAUUCAAGGGGAGGGAAGGCAAGACACAGGCAAAGCCACUGUCUCACUGGACCCUCACAACCCCCCUGAGACAGGCAUCCUGCGAUCCCACCUUAAAGGUUGGGAAGCUAAGGUAGGAGAGGCCCAAGGUCAGGUUGGAGCAGGGAGGCAGCCAGAGUUAGAAACCAGGUCUUCUCUUGUUACUUUCCUUCCUCUUCAAGCUUCCUUGUGGCCAGUCUGUGUCUUCAGCUGCAAUGAGGUCCCAUCUUCAUGGAGGCCUUGGGAGGCACUGGAUCCCCCUGCUCCCCAGGAGAGCGGCCCAGCCCUAUGGAACCACCAGUGCACUCUGUGCCCCAGAGGAGAGUGUAAGCACACACAGCACUCAGGCGUUCGCUCACACCCAAUGCUCACAGGCCGCCUCAGUGGUGACAAUUCUAACAUCACAGUGUUGUUGGGAGGAUGCCCAGAUUGCCGAAGACACUGGCUUUGAACUCUGUGGGGUCCCAGGCUAAUGAUAACAAGAAUCUCAAAACAGCCACGGAGCAUCUAGCUGAGCGGCAGACACUGCACUGAGAAUUUACGUGCAUUGUUUUAAUGAACCUUGCGUAAAAACUCCAUGAGGAGGCCUGAUUAUUAUCAUCCCUGUUUUACAGAGGAGGAAUCCAAGGCUUUGAGGGUGAAAAAUCACUCACCCAGGGCCACAAAGAGUCAGAGGCCAGAGCAGUCUAUGCCGGGUUCAAACCCCAAGUCCAGUGACUUGAUUGGCAUACUGUUGUGGAAACAGUACAGAAAGGUGAGAUCCAGUUUUCAUUCUGCACAGACUGCAAAAUUUUUUAAAUAGCCAUAACAAAAUGAUAGCUAUCAUUUGUUGAGCAUCCACUUUGCUUGCAAGUACCACACUUAAUAUUGAUUACUGACCUGAUUGUUUUCCUCACUUUAUAGAUGAAAUAAACAAGCUCAGAGAGGCCAGGGAACUUCCCCGAAAUCACACAGCUAAUAGGCAGGUCUCUUUCCACGGUCAGAGGUCUUACCCAUGUGUAAAAUGGUGAUAAUUUCCUACCUCACAGGGGUGUUCAGGGAUGAAGCAAGCCAACAUACAGUAAAAACUUAGCAUGGACAGCACGUAGUGUAUGAGCUUUAUAAAUGACAGCUGGCAUUACCGCUGUAACCACUACAGUGGUCUUAGCCCUCGGUCUCCAGUGCAGGAGCCAUUAGUCAAAGCCAUGACAUCCUCCUCCCUACUAGUCCGGCUUCCACCUCCAAAUCACCGACUGACUGUAGGCCAGCACCUUCCCUUCAUCAGGCUUAGAAAAUGACACUUGGACUGUAGGAAGGUAGGAACCACAAUCCCUUCACCUGGGGCCACAAGACACUGCAGAGAACCUGCCACUAGGAGACAGCAAACAUAUAUCCAGCAGGCUGGUCACCAUGCACCUCUGAGGCUGUUUCUGCAAAGUCCUAUGCCUUCAGCACUCCUGUCUCCCACAGGCAUGGAACCUGCCUAAAUAGCAUGUUAGGUUGUUACUAUCCAGAGCCUUCCUGUUUGAACUGCUUCCAGAUGUUUUCAGAGCCUUCCACCCCAAUGCUGGCACCUAUUCCUUCUGGCCCAGAGACCUCCUUGCAGCUCCACAGGGCAGCCCAGCCUGGACCAAAACCUGGGAUAGAGCUGGGAAACUGGCAGGGAGGGGAGAACCCAAUGCAGAUGGAAGCCAGACUGGGUUUCCUCCUGGGUCCUGCCAGCUGUAUGGCCCUGCCCACUAGUGCAGGUGAGAGUUUGACUCAGGAAUAGUUGUUGGCACCUAUACAGACAGUGAAGGGAGCCCCUGAAUGUGAGUAUCUCUGGCCUCCCACCCACCCACUAUGCAGUCUGGCAUAGCGAGGCUAGGAAAUGUGUCCAGGUUAGCAUGGCCAGCCAGUGGGAGAGCCAGUAAAAGACCCCCAGGCUCAGUCUUCUCCACCCAAGCCUCAAGACCCUCUUGCUUGGCCCCCUGUCCCAACCAAAACACAGACCCCACAGGAAGAACAGAGCUAGGUGAGGGCCAAGCCUUGGGGAGGUCCCUUUCCAGGAAAGGGCCACAGGCCCUUUGUCAACAGGACAAGGCCUGCUCCUGCUGCUCCUGAGGUUUGGUUCUAUAAAAAGAAAGACAGGAAGAGUUUGUGAGGACACUCAGGAGACCCUCUUGACCUCCCUGUGUCCAGAGCAAUGCAAACCUGGGAGGCAGAGGUGCAGCCAGCCUUUGCCCCGGAGAGCCAUCAUAACCCCUGUGCCCAGGCAUCAUCAUGAUCUUCCAUUAUACAACCCUCCUAACUGUUCCUAGAGCAUGUUCAUACCCAAGAGAUCCUUUGACCUUCACAAGGGCCCUGAAAGUAGGCCAUUACUCUUUGCAUUUUAUAGAUGGGGAAAUUAAGGCUCAUAGAGGGGAUAGGCAGUAUGACAUAGUGGACAACAGUGUCCCCUCUGGAUCCCCUUCCUGGUUCAGCUACCAACUCACUGGGAAUCUCUGGUAAGCCUCUUCCCCACUCUGAGCCUCAGUUUUCCCAUCUUUAAACUAAGGCUGCUGAAUCCAGAAGCCUCUGAGGACCCUCCCAGCAUUCAAAUCUCACAUCACAGGGCAGCACCCACAGCCAACUCAUCAGUUCCACCCCCCGACCCUUACAGUUAAAUAAGCCCUCAUUUAACAGGUAGCAUGUUGCAUCUUCCCAAACAUGGGUUAUUAUCAAACCUAUUUUAUGUACAAGGAAAAUACAGUCAACCAGGGACAUGAAGUGACUUAUCCAAGACCCCACCAUGAGUUAAGGGCUGAACUGGACUGUGAAAUUAAGAGAUCCAACUAGAUUUUUCACCUUAAUUCCCUAGAGCUGCUAACACAUGUGGCUAUAAAGCACAUGUAGCAGGGUGAAUAACAGCCCUUCAAAGAAGUCCACAGCCUAAUCCCAGAGCCCAUGAAUAUGCUACCUUACAUAGUGGCCAAAGGGACUGCAGAUGCAAUUAAGAAUCUUGCAAUGGGCAACAUUAUCCUGGAAUAUUUGUGCAAGACUAACUUAAUCACAGGGGUCCUCAUAAGUGGCUCAAAAAUGGUCAGAGUCAGAGAAGGCAAAUCGACAAAGCAGAGGGAGAGAAGAUGUGACAACAGAAGCAGAGGUUGGAACGAUGCACUUAGAAUAUGGAGGAAGGGAUGGAUGGAGGCCAGCAGCCUCUAAAAGCUGGAAAAGACAGGGAACAGAGAAUUUACUUCAUGAACUUUUUAUAUUUAAGACAUGUUGAAAUCAACAUUUCAAAAACAAAAUAUAUUAUUGAGCUAGUUUCACAUGUUUCUUUUUUUAAUGUUGAUAUUAGAAAGUUUAUAAUUACUUGUGUAGCUUAUAUUGUAUUUCCACUGGUCAGCCAUACAGGACUCCCAUUGCCUUGGCUAAAAGGAGCAGAUCCCCCCCCCAACAACCCUGUUGUAGUUGGGGAGGGGGCCGGGCGCUGGGUAAGGGAAUCAGCCCCCCAAGCACAGUGCAGGUGGGUUGCCCUGGUGGUGGGUGAGGGUCUGGGUGCCCUCCUCCCCACCUCCCAUCUGCCUAGAGUAAGCCCUGCCUCUGGGCCAGCCUAUGUUCCUGGUAGACGUGACUUUUAUUUUUAGCAGCCGUACUGGCUGCCUCGGCACAGCUGGCUCUGAAGCUUGCUGGGUGUGGGCCAGCCCCAGGCCUGCCAACUCCCUGCCAGCAGGCGUCUCAGGAGAACCCAGCUCCAUGGCUCUGGGGCCUUCCAGGGCUCAUAAGCAAGCCUCUCAAGUCCCUAGCAAGUAAAUAUUAUCAUGAUCUGCAUAUUUUCUAUGAUGAGGCUGAGGCUAAGAGCUCGGAGGGGGCAGGGCAGGGUCUGAGCCGUCCUCCCAAAAGCCUGCAGUACCUACUGAACUCUGGGUGGUUGCCAGGUCUUGCAGCCUUUCUCUGGGGGCAUUUUAUACUUUGGAAAGUAUCCUAAGCAAGAGAAAUAGAGAUAAUUCAUUAGGAAGAAGGUAGGUAGUAGGAAGUUUAGUUUCAGAGUGUGCAGCCAACAUCUAAUAAAGUGGGUCAGAAUAAUAAAAAGAUCCAUGCAAACAUAAAGAUACCUGAAAACCAGAACUGCCUUCUGGUUCAGCCCAAACUCUGGGAUCAGGAACACCUGGGUUCUGAGCCCUGCCGGUCUGGUAGAGCACUCUGGCUUGGCCUUCUCUGAGCCUCAGCCUCCUCCACUACAUAGUCAGAGUAACAGUGGUUAGAGGAACUAAAUGAAGUUGUGGACGUUAAGUGCCUAGCACAGUGCCAGGCACUAGUGAGUCCUCAGUAACAGGAACACCAGCGAAUAUUUACUGUUAUUCCUAUCUCCCGAGGGCUUAAUGUGUAUCCAGCAUGGUGCUAGCGGUUACAUAAGUCCUCUCAUUGCCACAUCACAACCUCUAUUAUUAUUAUCACCUUUUGAAGAUAGGGAAACUGAGGCUGAGGGAGAUGAGGUAAUCCUUCAAGGUCACACAGCUCCUAAGGGGCAAAACUAGAAAUGUUUUGGUAAAAAGUUUAUUAAGAUAUAAUUCACAUGCCAUACAAUUCACCCCUCUAAAUGGUACAAUUCAAAAACAUUUAUAUUCAUAAAGUUUUCAUAUAUUUAUAUAUAUAUAUAUAUAUAUACAUACCUAAAGUACAUAUGUGUGCAUAUAUACUUUCUUCUGUUUCUUUCAUAGAAUCCUAACUGACACUGUCUAAAAACUGUUUUUCAAUUUUAAAUAAUGUUUUAUUUUAUAAACAAAUUUAUUUUUAAGUAGACAAAAUUAUAAUAAUUUUAAAUAAUAUAAAAGUGGGGUGCAUUUUAUGGUAAGUAAAUCAUCCUGCAGUAAAGCCAUUACAAAUGCUAUAAGUGUUAGCUGCUCAUUAUUUUAAAAAGAGAGAGGGAAAUACAGAAAAAUAUUCCACUAUUCAGAGAUAGCUACUAUUAACAUAGUAGUAUAUUUCCUUCCAGAUGUAUAGAUACAUACAGACAUGCCAGACAUACACAAUCUCCGACGUUGAGAUAUGUGUACAUUUUUUAUUAUCCUGCAUUUUCUAUUUCAUAUUGUUAACCAUUUUCUAUACCAGUGGGAAAAAAUCUAUGACAAGUUACUAUUCAUGGCAAUGUAUAAUUCCAUUAUAUGGAGGGGCAGAAGUAAUUUCCAUCCUCUUACUGUUGGAUAAUUCAGUUAUGUCCCUCUGUGGUGAACGAUCUUGUACCGAAGUCUUUGGUGGUCCCUCUGAUCACUGAGGAGAGGUACUUGGAGGGACAAUAACUGGACCAAAGGGCGUGAACAGGAUGAAGACUCCGGGUACAUAACUGAAAUGUGUUUUCCAGGAAUGACUUAGCAAUUUAAACUGCCCAAGUAGUAUACCAGAGUAUAUAUCUCACCUCAGUAAAUGUUGCUGUAUUUAAAAACAUGUGCUAAUUUGCUACACAAGAAAUGGCACUUAAAAAUUGUAACAUGCAGUUGAAUCAAUCUUUCUUUACCUGGCAAUUUGCACUGCCAUUCUUAUCACACACUGAGGUCUGUAUCUGAUAAGGACUAUUCCUGGGGGAUUUUUGCUCUUCUGAUCCUUUGCCAUUUCCUAUAUCCUUAUCACCUUGUUUUGAUUAUUACAGCUUUAUAGUAUGUUCUAAAAUGUGCCACAACAAGGGUUAUUUUCCUUCACACAAUAAAUUACCCUUUUUUGAAAUUACUCUCCUUUUUCAACAUUUGUUGACUUUUUAUUCUUCCAGCUAGAACAAACAUGAUCAAACAUUUCAGAGAUUUUUAUUGGAGUCUCAUUAAACUUGCAAAUGAACUUGAUAAAAGCUGACAUCUUUACAAUAUCCAGUUUUCCCAUUCAAGACCAUAAUAUGAAUGAACCUCCAUUUCUUUAUCUUUGUAUAUUUCCCAAUAAAUGUUUAUCAUUUUCUUCUUAAA